AUGGAAAUGUUGAAGGACUUCAAGUUCAAUGUCUCAUAUCACCCUGACAAGGCCAAUUUGGUGGCAGACGCCUUGAGUCGCAAGAAGACAAUCGACUUUACGGCCCCGCUAAUGGUGAGAGAGUGGGAUAUGGUGGAAUUCGUUCGAGACUUCAACAUGAAGCUAACUGUGGAAGAACCGUAUGAAGUCGUAGCCCACAUUCAGGCCCAGCCGCUAAUUAACGAUAAAAUCAUUGAAGCCCACGAGAGCAAUGAGUUAUCGAAGAAGAUGAGGAAAAGAGCAAGGAAUGAUGGGAAGUCUGAGUGGAGGAUCAGUACCGAUGGAGGGUUACGGUACCGAGGCCGCCUUUGUGUUUCAAACCUUCAGGGACUACGAGAAGGAGUCCUAAAUAACGCUCACAACUCUAAGUUAGCGAUACAUCCUAGUAGUACCAAUAUGUAG